AUGUCAGCACCGGAACAAAAGCGUCAGCGGCGCUCUGGGCCGCAGAAAAUACAAAAGGACAAGGUGGACGAGAAUGGACAAGUGAAGCUACCAAGCAAGAAGCUCUAUCGUCAACGAGCACAUGCGAAUCCAUUCUCAGACCAUCAAUUGGAUUACCCUAUCAGCCCAGAACAAAUGGAUUGGGCUGCGAUGUUUCCUGCAUAUAUCAACCCGGAUUCGACGGCUGUGAACCUUUUAGGUACAAGAAAACUGGUUAAAGAUGUUGAAAUAGCUGAUAUUGGGUGUGGGUUUGGAGGGCUAUUGGUGGCGCUGGCGCCGCUAAUGCCGGAUACCUUGAUGGUUGGCAUGGAAAUCCGUUCUCAAGUUCUUGAAUAUGUGACAGAGCGUAUUAGGGCGCUUCGAUUUAGACAAACACCUCCCGCAAUACCACAAGAAUCAUCUGCAGAUACAACUACGGAUAAUUCUUCGUUACAGCAAGACGCAUCCGGAGCAAUACCUCCAUCCACUUCUCAGUCAACUUUGUCUGGACAGCCCAAUUUUCAGAACAUAUCUGCGAUUCGUUCAAAUACGAUGAAAUUCUUACCAAAUUUCUUUUCCCACCAUCAGCUCUCAAAGAUAUUUAUAUGCUUUCCCGACCCGCAUUUCAAGGCACGGAAACACAAAGCGCGCAUUGUCUCGACAACACUGAAUGCUGAAUAUGCAUACGUACUACGGCCGGGUGGAAUGUUAUAUACCAUUACUGAUGUAGAAGAUUUGCAUCUGUGGAUGGUUUCGCAUUUCGAUAGCAAAAAGGCAGAAAAUGAGCUCAAUUCGCAUGAUAUUGCCGAGCUAUGGGAGCGUGUGAGCGACGAGGAACUUGCUGCAGAUGAAUGCGUUCGAGUGAUGAGAGACGAAACGGAGGAAGGAAAGAAAGUGACAAGGAAUAACGGGCAGAAGUUCGUGGCUGUUUGGAGAAGAAAAGCUGACCCAGAGUGGCCUUGUUGA